UUUGAAGAAAAAUAUGGCCACAUAACUAGAUCCAGCAAAAAUAAACAGCAAAAACAAUUAAAUUCAAAAUUAGACCCUUUUUUACAAAAUUUAACUCCAAGCAGAUGUUUUAAAAAAGAAAAUGUAAAAAAAGUAUUUAUUAAUCUUUUACCAAUUUUUGGUUGGUUACCUAGCUAUAAAUGGAGGCAAUAUUUACAUUGUGAUUUAAUUACUGGAUUAACUGUUGGAAUUAUGGUUGUCCCACAGGGUAUGGCAUAUGCAACAUUAGCUAAAGUACCUCCAGUUUAUGGACUAUAUUCCUGCUUUUUUCCUGCCUUCUUUUAUAUGUUUUUUGGUACUUCCCCGCAUGUUUCUAUUGGUAUCUUCAUUAAUUUUUAAAU